GUUGGACACUUUGUACUCAGUUGUUGCAUGUGGCGAGCUGUAUUCAGUUGUUGCAUGUGGCGAGUUGUAUUCAGUUGUUGCAUGUGGCGAGCUGUAUUCAGUUGUUGCAUGUGGCGAGCUGUAUUCAGUUGUUGCAUGUGGCGAGCUAUAUUCAGUUGUUGCAUGUGGCGAGCUGUAUUCAGUUGUUGCAUGUGGCGAGCUGUAUUCAGUUGUUGCAUGUGGCGAGCUGUAUUCAGUUGUUGCAUGUGGCGAGCUGUAUUCAGUUGUUGCAUGUGGCGAGCUGUAUUCAGUUGUUGCAUGUGGCAACAUGUGGCGAGCUGUAUUCAGUUGUUGCAUGUGGCGAGCUGUAUUCAGUUGUUGCAUGUGGCGAGCUGUACUCAGUUGAAGCAUGUGGCAAGCUGUAUUCAGUUGUUGCAUGUGGCGAGCUGUACUCAGUUGAAGCAUGUGGCGAGCUGUAUUCAGUUGUUGCAUGUGGCGAGCUGUAUUCAGUUGUUGCAUGUGGCAAGCUGUAUU